AUGAUCGCGUCCUGCACAAGCUUCACUCUCCCUCUCAACCAGUUGGUGGUGUCGGUGAAGGCUGCUUCUUGUGGUGUCAAAGCUGUGGGGCCGCUCUCUCAGAUGUGGGUGCUCGGGGAUGAUGUCCCAGUGGGCCUCCGCUCGACCUCUUUUCUGAUGGCGUUUGGUGCUCUGAUCGGCAAACCUGUGGAGGUGGAUACUGAUUCUUUGGAUAAGAUUGGCCCGGUUCGGAUCAAGAUUUGGCGGUCACUCCGUCUAUAUAAACGCGGGUGCACGCCAGUCGACCACAACCCGAAAAAGGUCGAGAUUCCAUCGAGAGCAGUGGCCAUGAAAAUGGAUCUUAAGAUGAUCAUCGUGUGCUCGGUCGUCGGCUCUCUCGGGGUGCUCAGUGCCAUCCUGGGGUUCUCUGCUGAGGGCACGAAGCUCACCAUUUUGGACGUGUACGUGGGUCUCGGGGUGUGCCUGAACCCGCAGAACCCCGCGUUCGGGCUCGGGGUGUGCGCGGCCAUCUUCCUGGCCAUAGCCCAGAUCAUCUUCGCCGCCCUCGGCGGCUGCUGCGGCUGCUGCAAGUCCCGCGCCAUCCCCUCCCAGAGCAAACGGGUCAUCGGCGUCAUCUGCGCCGUCUUCUCAUGGAUUGUGGCGGCGGUCGCCUUUGGGAUGCUGGUGGUAGAAGCGGCCGCGAACGCCCCCGGGGCGCGUGAAACGUCAGCGUCCGGCUAUUGCUACAUCCCCAUAGAAGGCAUCUUCGCCGGCGGCGCCGCGCUCACGCUCGUCGCCACGGCCCUCGGGAUCACCUCCUACGUCAUGCUCCGCACGCAGCCUGUCACUGUUGCCGAGACCGCCGCACCCAAGGAAGGCGAGCAGAUGCCGGCGAGCGCCGCCGGGAUCUCGACGGGGCAGCCGCAGUUCCCGCCGCAGCCUCCCCAGGGGCAGGCGCUGCCCGCGCCGCCGAGCUACCCGCAGUACUCUGCACCGCCCCAGGGGCAGCCGUACGACCAAGCGCCCUACCCGCCUCCUCCGGCACAGGGCUAUGGAGCACACGCGCCCAACCAGCAGCAGCAGCAGUUUCCCCCUCCUACUACAGAAGGCUACGCAGCGCACGCGCCGAACCAGCAGCACCCCCCUCCUUCUGCUCCUCCUAAAGGACACGAACAGGUGUAA